CUUGCUAUUACAAUAUCCUAACAUCCCUUUGCAAAACCCUUUUUAGGGCAUAACUGAAUGACGGAAAUAAUGUAUAACCAUAUUAGGGGGGAAAUUCAGGCAGAGAUGUUUACAGAGGAUCCAUUAUCUGAUAGUGACCAACAGUAAAAGUUUAACAGACUUGGUAGCUUAUGCUGUUCCUGAUGUUUGAGCAGUAAUACAUGACAACGGAGCAACUAAUGCUGCUCUCAGAAGAGAUUUAUAAACAGGAUAUAUCAAACCCAAUAGUUUAUUACAGGACUACUGACUUAAUGCAGUGAUCUUCAACCCUGGUCCAGGAGACCCACAGGGUGUGUAGCCUUGUGUUUCAGCACAGCACCUACACCUAGGUGAUGAUCGAUUCAACUACCUGAUCGAGUCAACCAAUCAUCAAUCCCUUGGUUGGUUGAAUUGAAUGUUAUAAUAGCAAGUCCCUGGCUGCCCUGAGGAUUUAAAGACUCCCAGUUGGUGCAAACACAAGGUUGUAGUCUAUUUAUUGGACAUUGUGACUGAAAUAUGAUAUACACAUUAUAUAAUUUCAUUUUGAUGCCAUUGAUUAAUCAUCUCUCCACAUUGUUUUAAUGGUCAUUCACCUACAUGGAAAAUAGGUUAGAUCUAUAUGCAUAGCCUACUACAGUAGGCCUGCAUUGCGCUUUUAGCCAUUGUUCUAGGAAAGAAAUGGUUCCCCGCCCCUCAAGGUUACAGAAGAGUAACUCUUAUGACGCGCUCGGGCGCUCUGGAUGUCACCGAAUCCCAUUAAUGCCUGGAUGCUGUAGACUACGUGUACAACCAUACGCGCAAGAGGCGUAUACCUGAACCAUAUCCCAGGUGCGCAGACGUUUCUUUCCGUGUGUUUUAACUACUUUUUAGUACAUUUUGCUGUAGCAAGAACAAUGGGCUGCGCAAUAUCAGGGCUGGCACCGAAAACAGCUGGAGAGUCUAAGACGGAGGAUGCUGUUGCGCAUCUCAGCAAGGAGCAGAUUGAGAUGAUCAAAGAGACGUGGAAAGUUAUCCAGGAGGACAUUGCAAAAGUUGGAAUUAUUAUGUUUGUCAGGUUGUUUGAGACCCAUCCAGAAUGCAAAGAUGUAUUCUUCCUGUUCCGAGACGUGGAGGACCUUGACAGGUUACGGACCAGCCGGGAGCUGAGGGCACACGGCCUACGAGUGAUGUCCUUUAUUGAGAAGAGUGUGGCCAGACUGGAACAGCUGGAGAGACUGGAGGUUCUGGCUGUGGAGCUGGGGAGGAGCCACUACCGCUACAACGCCCCACCCAAAUACUACAGCUAUGUAGGAGCAGAAUUCAUCUGUGCUGUUCAACCCAUUCUCAAAGAGAGAUGGACCCCUGAGCUUGAGGAGGCGUGGAAGACCCUAUUCCUGUACCUAACCAGGCUUAUGAACCAAGGCUACCAGGAGGAGAGGAACAGACAUCACCAGGUGGGAGCCUCCCCCAAGGAGAGGAACACAGCCUUAUAAGAGACCUGGCUGGCCUCAACUCAAGAGCUGGUUGCUUAGCUGUGUAUAUAGUGUAUUUAUUACUUAUAGUGACCAUUUUCUAC